GAUAGACCUGCAAGCAAGAAGACGGACAAUAAAUACAAUGUGGCUCGUAUUCCUGGUGUUGUUACAGUAUGCACUUUGUGAAAAUGUCAUGGAGCUCAGAAUGCCAGGAGUUACCAUCCCCCACAACGACACCUACUACCACAUGCAGACAGAGCUAACCAGUACUAUCUACAUCACUGGUUACAGACCCGAGGCUCAUUCGGGAGUGGUUCAUCACAUGCUACUUUAUGGGUGCCGGAGUGUUAAAGCCAGAGAUACUAAAGUUUGGAUCGGAGGAGCGGCCUGUGAGGAGGAACCUAAGAUCCUGUGGUCGUGGGCUGUAGAUGCUCCUGAGUUUGACAUGCCUGCUAAUGUGUCUAUGGAAGUAGGAAAUACUGACAUCAAAUACCUCGUCAUGGAACUUCAUUACAAGCUGGCUCAGCCUGAAGAUUACAAAGACACAUCUGGGGUCGACAUUCUGUACAGCACAGAUAAAACUAAAUACCAAGCUGGAAUAUACCUGUUCAUGGCGGAGGACGGAUCAUUUCCCCCCAAGAAGAAGGACAUACACCUGGACCUGUCCUGUAACUACACCUCCCCUGAGAUGAACGUGUUCGCGUACCGGACCCACGCUCAUAACUACGCUAAGCUUAUCUCCGGGUACAUGGUACACAACUCCACGUGGUCAGUCAUUGGGUCACGUGACCCCCGCAAAGCUGAGAUGUUUGUCAGGAUGGAAAGUGUACUCGCCGUUAAACCGGGGGAUAAGUUGUACGCUAGGUGUGAGUACGACACGACAAGAGCCAACAAGACGAUAGUUAUCGGGAACACACAUCUAGAUGAGAUGUGUAAUCUUUACCUCAUGUACUACAUCGAUAGCGAGAAGAUAAACUCAGUGGAGAGUAUGUGUACAAACAAGCAACAGUUCACAAUCCCUCAGGAAAAGGCACCCUGGUACAAGUACUACCUCUCUAACGGACACACCAUGGUAUUCCUGCUUGUCUGCGUUCUUGUCAUUCUUGUGUGCUGUCCACUCGCCUACUGCUGCAAGUCUUACUUCUGUCCCAGAAGGUCGUACUACAAGCGACCAAAUGAUGGUUUUGAGAAACUCUUCACUCCAGAUGAGGACGACGAGGAAGAUGAAAUUUUAUACAAAUCCUACAAACACUCCUACUAGACUGUGUGACUAGUUAGCUAGUUGAUAAGUUGAUUUGAUAAUUACUCUGAUAAGUGGUUAAUUGCUCGGAUAAUUACACAGAUAAGUGGUUAAUUGCUCGAAGAAAAACUACUCUAAUGAAAUGUACUGGCAACCAACCACCUGGUUAGUGGUUAGCCUUGUGAGUACUUUACAGUUUACAGUGAGUACUACACAGAGCCUCGUGAUUACAGUUUACAGAGUGUUGUUGGUGUCAGCUGAUAACACUCGCGAGUGUCAGAGCACUGUAAAAGAAGAGUGUCAGAGCAUCUUGUAUCUUUUAAUUUUAUAUUUUACUUAUAUUAAAUACAGUUUUCAUCAAGUCUUUUACUCUUUUAUCUUCUUAAGAGUAGUGAUAGUUCUUAAGAGUAGAGGCGGAACAUUGUUAAUAUCAGCAAUCAUAUUUUAAAAUUAUAAAAACUUAUUAUAUUAACAUAUGUUUAUACUUAUAGGGUUAAAAUAAUGAUGAAAUGGUCUGUUAUUGUCCCAAACCGUAGAGUUAUGCUUAGAAACUUAAUCCUUUUUUAAAAAGAAUCUACCUUACUUAUCCUGUUUUGCAUACCCUGGUCUGUUUAAGUUGCUCAGCAAUUAAACAAAAUAUAUUCUUAAGUUUUAUCAUAUGUAUAUACUUACACAUAGCGCAAUUGAGCUUUAGUUGUGAGUUAUUUUAUUUUGAAAAAUUACUCAGGUAAUAUAGCUGUCUUGAAAAUAGAUAUAUAAAUUAGUAUUAUAAUUGGAAGCUGUGAUUAUCGCUUCACCGUGUUGUUUGUUGGAAAUUAGUAAUAUAAAUUUAUGAAAUAACAUUGACAAUAUCUAUUUAGAAUUAUUUAUUUAUCUAAUGUCUUUCUGUGCUGUAGUUCGAAC